AUGACACCUAUUUUUUCAACUUCUCCAGUGAUCCUGAACACGAUAACAAAGCUGGGAUUCUCCGAACGUAAUGCGUUUCAAGUAGCCGACAAACUUAAAAGAUGCCUCACGAUCACGAAGAAGUAUAUAAGCAACAAGGGUGAGGGUGCUGCUGGACAAAGGUAUCAUUUUCCAUCGUAUCUCAGGCCUCUCGAGAGAAAAGUGCGCGAAGAAUACCUUAAGCAUCGCGUAGAUGCCACGUUCGAUGAAGCUGGUUAUCUGGAUCCCGAAUUUGAAAUUAAUCCGUCUGCAAGAGCUGAGGAUUUGCUCGGACAGGACAUGUCGGGUGGCCCUGCUCCUCAUACUUAUGCUUCAGUGGCCUCAGUACUGCCGUUCACCGCUGGUAUCCCAGCUUCACAUGCGAUGGGGUGUAAAAGACCUUUCGAAGAGGACAACGACUAUUUCUUCAAGAAACGCCGACUACUGGAUGCAAAACGGAAGCUCAAAGAGCGAAAACGCUAUUUAAAAGAGAUGAAAAUUAAGUACUGGGAGCAGAAAAUGAAGAACGAGUUAAACUGCAUAAACAUGAGUUUUCAAAAGUAAUGCCAGAAUUACAAUCAAUCCAUUCGACUUUUUGUGUGUUUUGGCCGUGAUUUUCUUACCUCAUUCCACUGUGCUGAAUACAUACUAAAUACAAUUCGUUGUCGUCGACUCUCAGCUUCAGAUUGAACGAAUCUCGGCAAGGCCGCUCUCACAAAGGAAAGAUCCCCAAUUGCAAUAACAUAGUGGAAUAAAUAGAUGUCAUUAUACACAAAUUAUACGAGUUAGCUAAUUUAGUCAUUCAUUUGAAGUUCGCGUGACGUCCAUGAAUAUGUAAACAUUUGUGCAAUUGCCAAAUUGCGCGGGGCUGUGUGACCGUAUCGCUCGGGUAUGACGGGCCUAAGGCACCUGCCAUACUUGUCCUCUCG